AUGAAUCAGGGCGGUAGAGGGCAGCGGGCUGGCCCUCUUCGGAGCCGUCCAGAGGUAGAGCCUGAUGGGGUCAGCUGUGGGGCAAGCGGCGCAGCCCCCCGAGAUGGCACCGUAAGCCAAAGCUCGAACGUAAGAAGUGUACGAAGAAGCAUCAGCUUGGACGGAAUUAGAACCCGUUCCGCGGAUGUUCCUAUCACACGAGAUGGACGGACACGAUGGACGAUAGAGGAAAAUACCCUCAUAAUGCGUGUCCACUACAUAGCAAUCGAACUGCAAGCAACAUCCGGAAGAACCUACAGAGAUCUCCUAACGAGUACCUGGAACGAGAUAAACCCAGAGAGACACUCAUAUCCAAACUUACUGGCGAAUAGAGUCAGAUGGAUUAUGGAACAUGAGAAAUUUUCAAGUGUUGAGCUUGAAGCCAUAAAACGAAGCAUAAGACCUUUUGCUCCACCUCCAUCCGACGAGACCAACUAUACGGAAGUAGAACAGCCUGAGAUCGAAAACCAGGAAACAACCCAACUGGAAAACCUCUUCAAGAAGAAUAUGCAACUCUACACAAAAAUUUCCCCACAAAAUAGACCAAAAAUUCCAAGACUGAAGGGGUCACGCAACAUCCAUGAGAGUGUAAAGGAGGUAAAUAAAAUAAUAAAAUCAACCCUAAAAAGAAACUCCACCCUCGAAGAAGUGGUAGACUGUGUAUUUGCUGGAGCUGUUACAGUUUGUCAAGAAAAUAAAAUACAUAUCACCAGUAGACAGCCAAAACCAAAAGAAGACAAGGAACCACCAUGGAAACAACGCCUGGAAAAAAAGAUAAAUACUAUUAGAAAACAAAUUGGAAAGCUUCAUACUUACCUGAACACGAACUCACCAAGCAGAAAAACAUCCAAAAAGGUCGCACGCAUAGCAUCCGAAUUCCGCAUCAAAAGCAUCGGGGAACGGUUCAAACAAGAUCUCACCAAAUUAUGUGACACCCUGAAACAAAAAGUUAAAGCAUUAGACAACUUGAAGGAACAACAACAACCGAGGAAGAAUUUCCGACACCGCAAGACAUGCAUGCGACAUGGAAGGAAAUAUGGGGUCACGAAGUGGAACAUGAUGAUGAAGCCUCUUGGAUCAGGGAAGCGGAGACGGAAGCGGAGAAAUAUGCCAUGGAAGAAAUCACCAUAA